AUGCAAAUCAUCAUAUCGUUCAGUUCAGUCACACCACUUGCAAAUGAGCAGGACUUAUGUAAAGACACUCUAGUUUGGUUGACUUGUUUACCAGUUGGUUUUGUGUCUCGCGCAUGCAUAAUAAAAACCAACCUUUUCUUCUACAGACUCUUAAUAAUGCAGCUGAUUUCCAACCUUACAUCUGAAGACUCAAGUCUCACAUCCACCCCAACAUCUGACGCUCCAUCCAAGCGCUUGUCCUGGAGCAAACUAAUGCAGAAACUGCACAGCAUCCAAAGCAUGGACUCCGAUUCAGACACGCACAGCAGCUUAGACGAUGCAUCAGAUGCUGGUUCCCUAUCCAUACCAGAUCUGUCAGAAUCCGAGAUGUUUUUCGACCCCGCUGAAGAGGCAUUGUGCAAAGAAGUGGUGCAACUCAUCGCACUUAACCUGACCGAUGCCAAAGAUGGUGUCCUGCACUGUUCCAAACUCCUUAUUCCAGAGAAACUUCUGGAGCACAUCGGACACGAGCUGGUGCAUCUGUCCGUCAGCGAGCCCUGUGGUCUGCGAGGUGCCCUCAUCGAUCUGUGUGUGGAGCAGGACAGCGUAUACGAGGCUGCGGGACAGAUCGCGGUCGACCCGUAUCUGGUGCCCACGUUCCAGCUGACCCUAGUGCUGAGGCUCGACUCCAGGGGCCUGUGGCCGAAGAUCCAGGGGCUUUUCACCGGCAGAUCCCCGUCGUCUCCGGUUGUUCGACGUGCACUUAAACUGAGCACUGGAUUUCGAGUUAUUAAAAGAAAACUGUACAGCUCAGAAGAGCUUUUGAUUGAAGAAUGCUGAGACCGACUCCAUACAUGUCAUGGACUUUUACUAGGUUUUUUUAAAAUUAAGCCUCUUGUAACCAUUCAGUCUCAGUGCCCAUAAAGAGCCCUGAAGGUACAAUCGUGUUGUAUGACUGUUUAACGCAGUAAAUGACCAACUCGCAGGGCAUUUGUAAUGCUGAUUUCUAGGGUACAUUAAAAAGACUUUGUGAUACUUUGUUUGUUACUGAUGUUGCACUUUUGCUGCCGUUCCAGUGACGCAGGAGUUUCGGGAACAUCUACCUCAGGUUUAUGGAAACCAGAUAUGGCAGCUAUUUUCCAUGCAAAACAUU